AUGGGCUCCAAAAACUCAAAAUCUGAGGAUUCGAAUGAGGCAAAACUGGCAGAGGAUGCUAAAGAGAAAUACGCCGGUGUGAAUCACUUCACCGGUGUACUCUACAGAAUUACAUCGUCUGGGAACGUCUCAAUCAAUGCGAACGGAUCCACGGUGUCUUCAUCUCUGGAACCGCAAACGUCGCCAUGGAGUGAUAAAAGAAGCACACAAAGGGACGACAACAACGGACAUCAUGCCAUCGACUACGGACAGAUCGAAAGACCAAAUGAGGGCGAGAUGAUUCAACCCAGAGAGCCGUCGUUCUUCAGUGACCAGUCUCAACAGCGUUACUCACAUUCUACUCGUUACCCAGCCAUGAAUCGAACAAUUUAG